ACUUGCUUGCUCCUCUCCUCCUGUGUCCUCCUGGUCUCCAGCAUGGUGAGCUUGGCAGCUCUCAUACCGAUACUGAUGGUGCUGAGCCCUCCUCUGGCCCUGUGCAGGGACACCCAACCACACUUCCUGGAGAUGAAUAUAUUUGAGUGUCAUUUCACCAACGGGACGGAGCGGGUGCGGUUGGUGCACAGAGACAUCUAUAACGGAGUGGAGGACGUGCGCUUCGACAGCGACGUGGGGGAGUACCGGGCGGUGACGGAGCUGGGCCGGCCGGACGCCGAGUACUGGAACAGCCAGAAGGAGUUCAUAGAGCGGAAGCGGGCCGAGGUGGACACGGUCUGCAGACACAACUACGGGGUAUUUGACGGCUUCUCUGUGCAGCGUCGAGUGGAGCCUGUGGUGAGUGUGUAUCCUGCCAAGACUCAGCCCCUGCAGCACCACAACCUCCUGGUGUGCUCCGUGAAUGGUUUCUAUCCAGGCCACAUUGAAGUCAGAUGGUUCCGCAAUGGCAAGGAAGAGAAGGCUGGGGUUGUGUCCACAGGCCUGAUCCAGAAUGGAGACUGGACCUUCCAGAUGCUGGUGAUGCUGGAAGUCAUUCCUCAGAGUGGAGAGGUUUACAGCUGCCAAGUGGAGCACCCGAGCCUGACCAGCCCUGUCACCGUGGAGUGGAGAGCACAAUCGGAAUCUGCACAGAGCAAGAUGCUGAGUGGCAUCGGGGGCUUUGUCCUGGGUCUGCUCUUCCUUGGGGCUGGGCUCUUCAUCCACUUCAGAAACCAGAAAGGACACUCUGGACUUCAACCCACAGGUCUCCUGAGCUGAAGUGAAGAUCGUGACCCUCAAGAAGGAAUCUCUGUCCCAAUUUUUGCAACAUAUGAAAAGAUUUUGAAGUUUUCUCCUGUCUUCUACUAUAGAGUGCUUCUUCAGCAUCUGACUCAUCUUGGUUCAGUGACCAGACAGAAAAAAAUCCUCCUCGAUGGAUUUCCCCAGACCCGACCUUCCUCUGGAGGCCCUCACUGUUGCUUAUUGUGUCUGUGCUCAUUGUCCUUUAGUUUCCUUCUUAUUCAACCCUUACUUCCUAGCAUCUCUCUGAACUCAGCUUCCCCUCGUAUUACUUUAUAAAUGUUUCCCCACGGAAACUCAAAAGAAUUCUCAAGAAAAAUCAACUUUCUGCAAUAACUUCAAGAAAAGAAAUAGAAAAAAAAAAGGAGGAAAAAUAGCACGGUUUCAUUUAUAUUUCUUAAUUUGGGUCAAAUGUGGAUCUGGAAGAUGUCCUUACUUCCUUGGCUGUUUUUCCCCUCCUUUUGUGCUUUGUACAUAAGGCAGGAUUGCAUAAGAGAAAGCCCUUUAAUGCACCCAAAUCCUGAUGAUCUCCUACUGAUGUGCAUCUUCAGAGACAAAUACACAGGGUCCUUAGCACCAUGGGAACAGACAGGAGACAAUUGAGAAUAAAACAUAGUAUGUAGAAUUAUUACAUUUCCAGUAUGUUGAAUAAAUUUCUUCUAGUUGGGCAUCAUCGA